AUGCCGACUCCCAUCGAUCGCGCAGUGCAACAACGUGUAGGUUACUCAUGGCUAUCAUGGCAUCUGCUCUACAUAGGCCCUUUCUUCGCUUUCGCUGCAGUCGUUGCUGGCGUUGCAGCAUGGAGUAUCUGGGGACAAGACAUCUUUCCUAGUCAAGACCCCACUGGCGACCCAGAAACAUGGACUCACGAUCAAUGCAUUACCUGGCUCAAGCACCCCUGGCUACUGUCAACAUACCAUGGCAUUUCGCUGAUGAUAGGUGCUGUCGGUUGA